UUUAAGCUCGCCGUUAAGCACAUUUAGUCAGUGCACUUGACUAAAUUUCUUUUCAUUCGCUAAUAAAAUCUACGGAACGGCCCUACACGCUCCAUUUUUUAAACUCGCCGUUGAGCACAUUUAGUCAGUGCACUUGACUAAAUUUAUUUUCAUUCACUAAUAAAAUCUACGGAACGGCGCUACACAAUUUAUCCAUCUGUAAUAGGCAUUUGGUUAUUACUAAAAGAUGCCGUAUAGCUAGAGCAGACAGAGAAAACAUUAUGAACAGCUAACUUUUCUUAUAAAACAUUGCUAAUAAACAAAUUAUUUCAACAAAAUCACAAUAUUAAACAAAAUUGAGGAAUUUUAAGUACAUUACACCGGUUGAAAAAUCUUGCAGUUUGAUAUUAUUAUUUUUUUAAUAACUUUAUUAUAAUUAUACUAUUACAAUUAUAAUUAACAAUUUAAGGAAAAUAGGGAUGUACCGACAUGACAAUGUGAAAGAAGCAUCCUUGGCCCCACCCUAAUUUAAACAAUAACCAACAAUAACAUAACCUAAUAAUAUCUCCAAUUGUUAUAAUUGUCAGCCGGUGUUAUUAGCUGGAAAGUUAAAGGACAUAAAACUGUCUUAAAUAUGCCUCCAAAGAAAAGGCGCAACAUUAACUGUGGCAGCGAUAAUGAGCUGUCUGGAAAUGAAUCGGAAAUAUCAAACUCUAGUCAUGAAAAUACUCAACAUCACUAUUCUUCUGAGGACGAGCAUCCCGAGCAUGAAACAGAUGAUAGCUCGGACAUGGAUAUGGAGGAAUGCGAAAACCGUAGGAAGGAGCUGGGCAAAGAUAUACAAGAGUUGGAGAUCCAGUUUAAUAUUCUCAGGGAGCGUAUUUACACCGAGCGAAUUGAGCAGGUUAAGAAACAAAUAGCUGAGCUUCAAGCUGGAACCUCAUCUCAAUACGUAACUCAAUUAAAUCUAUUGGAAGAAGAAAAACGUUCUAGAAUUGAAGUAGCAGGCGUCUUAAGGGAUGUUCGAAUGGAUACUUUGAAAAAUCAGUAUGAAGCAGAAAUAACAGCUGCUUUGCAAAAUUUUGAGAAUGACAAAAAGUUGGCACAAGACACUAUCUACAAUGAGUUAAUGAAUACUAUCAAGCAACUGGAAGAGGAUAAGAGAAACAGCGAAAUUGCGUGGGGCGAAGGUGGCAAAUGGGCUGCAAAGAAAGGUGCUACUCCAAGAGCGAAAAAAGCAGUGACUGUCUCCGGGCCCUACAUUGUUUACAUGCUAAAGCCUGAAGAAAUUAUGGAAGACUGGACUACGAUAAGGAAGGCAUGCCAAAACACGUAAUGUUUUUUAGUGAGUAUUCAAAUGUUUGUUCUUGCUUAAAUAUGUUAUAUGUUUUUAAUGUUUAUUAGCUGCUAAUAAGUAUUGAGUAGCUUUCAGAUGAAGAGAUGCAUUACGAUAAUGAUUAUGAUGAUUAUGAUUUAUAAGUGUUUUGUUUAACUUUUUACAUAAUUCAGUUCGGCAUGUUUUGUCUUUUUAGGAUCUGAUUCAUUAUUAGUAUAAGAGACUUUUGACCCUCUGAACACUAUUACUAUUAGUUAAAGUAUUAUAUUUAUUACAUAUGUGUUAGGAAUCAUUCCAUUAUGUUAAGUAGGCAUAUACGAGAGGUUUCACUAUUUAUUCUAGUUUGUUAAUCAAAUGGUGAUAUUAGCUGUACCUGAGUUUAGAAGUAUUUUUAAAACGUUGUCGUUAGUGAUAAUUCACUCUCAAGAAUUUUACCUAGUUUUUUUUCUGAUUUUGUUCGAAACUACUUUAUAACUUAAAAUUUUUUUUAAGUUCAAACCUGCAUUGUACUGUAUAUACAGCGUAAGUUGUAUUUAACUAUUUGCUGUGCAAUAUGUACAAUGUAUGGAAAUAUGCUGUGCCUUAUUAGAUUUUAGUGUUAUAAUAUUUUUGUACUGAUUUUUGACAAUAAAAUAAAAAAAUA